GAGAAAUCACAGGUGCAUUCUUGGACAUUACUUUCCACACAGUUUCAAGGUCUAAUGUGGAUAUAAAAGUCGUUAGGCAAUUUCAGUCUUUGCGGAAACAUUCUGAAGUGACGCAAACAUGCUCAGGAUUCUGGUGUUGACAUGUCUCGCUGCCCUGGCGGUGGCUGAGCUGGAGCACGAGACCCGGUACCUGGAGGACACCGUUGAGAGAGUCGUGGGAGGAGAGGUUGCCAGUCCCAACUCCUGGCCCUGGCAGAUCUCCCUUCAGUACAUGUCUGGCAGCUACUGGUACCACACCUGUGGAGGUAGCCUGAUUCGUACAGGUUGGGUGAUGACUGCUGCUCACUGCGUGGACAGUUCAAGGACAUACCGUGUUGUUCUUGGUGAACACGAUCUGAACUCCAACAGUGGAAGAGAGCAGGUCAUCAGCGUCAGCCAGAUCUACAUCCACUCCAACUGGAACUCAAACAGUGUGUCCAAUGGGUAUGACAUCGCCCUCCUAAAGCUUUCAUCCAAUGCAGUUCUGAACUCUUACGUCCAGCUUGCCUCUCUGCCUCCUUCCGAGCAGAUUCUGCCACACAACAACCCUUGCUACAUCACUGGAUGGGGACGCACCUCCACUGGUGGUAGCCUGUCUACUCAGCUAAAGCAAGCCUACCUUCCUCUGGUGGACCACAAGACCUGCUCCAGCAGUGGCUGGUGGGGUAGUACUGUGAAGACCACUAUGGUGUGCGGUGGUGGCGGUAAUGAGUCUGGAUGUAAUGGUGAUUCUGGAGGUCCACUUAACUGCCAGGUUAGUGGCAAGUACUAUGUGCAUGGCAUUGCUAGCUUUGUGUCUGGCUACGGUUGCAACUAUCCUCAGAAGCCCACCGUUUUCACCCGUGUGUCUGCCUACAUCAACUGGAUUAACUCAAUCCUGUAACAGGUGUUUUCAGAAUUCUGGGUUGCGCAACUUUAUUCAAUAAUGUUUGCAUCUAAAGAAAAACAACAGAUUCACUGCAUUUAAUAAAAAUCAUCAAACGUUG